CCCCCCCCCCCCCCCCCGGGCUGCGGAACCGGUCGCCGGUCACCCGCAGCCCCGCUCUGGGGUUCGGCUCCGGAGCGGAGGGCGUUGAUCUGCGGUGGCCGAGCAGGAGGCCCCAGCCCCGGUCCCCGGUUGGUGGUGAGCGCGCAGGGCCGCUAUGGGCCGCGGUGUGUGGGGAUAACCCCGCAUCGAGGCCUGCGCUCGGCCCGGGCCGCUCGGGAGGACGGGAGCAGGGAGGCGGCUCCUCAGCAGCGGGGUCGGUGGACGAGGAAUGCGGUAGAGAGCGCAGGGCGAGCGCUGGGACUCCCCUCAGCCGCCCCGAGCCGAGCGGGGCGUGAAUAGGGGGGAAAAACAAGCUUUUUUUGGGGGAAAAACCCCAAUAAUCGCGUGGCUUCGGGUAAAUCCACACCGGAUCCGGCUCCGGCGCUGCGAGAGCCACCGGGAACCUGCAGCCGGUGGGAGAAGUCACGGAGCAAAGGGGAUAGAAGCCUCCUGGAUAGCAGAGCUCCUCUCUAAGGGUCGCGGCGCCGCUGCAGGACCAUGGCCGCCCUCAAGCGCAGCCGAGCGCAGGCCUGGCCGGAGGAGCGCGGCGACCGCGAGCACGGGCUCUACAGCCUGCACCGCAUGUUCGACAUCGUGGGCACGCACCUGACGCACCGCGACGUGCGCGUCCUCUCCUUCCUCUUCGUGGACGUCAUCGACGACUACGAGCGGGGCAUGAUCCGCAGCGGGAGGGAUUUCCUGCUGGCGCUGGAGCGCCAGGGCCGCUGCGACGAGACCAACUUCCGCCAGGUCCUGCAGCUGCUGCGCAUCAUCACCCGCCACGACCUGCUGCCAUACGUCACCCUCAAGCGCCGGCGCGCCGUGUGUCCGGACCUGGUGGAUAAGUACCUGGAGGAGACGUCCAUCCGCUACGUGACACCGCGAGCGCACAGCGACGUGGAGCACGGCCUCGGCCACCCCCAGAAAUCAGUGCCUCCCCACCACCCCGUGGUCUGCUGCUCCGCGGCAGGACCCCAGAUCUGUACCAAGAGGCCUGGGCGCAGCAGGACCCUCCUGGGCAGCCAGCGCAAGAGGAGGAAGUCGGCGACGCCAGACCCCAAGGAGAAGCAGACCUGUGACAUCCGCCUGCGCGUGCGAGCCGAGUACUGCCAGCACGAGACGGCGCUGCAGGGCAACGUCUUCUCCAACAAGCAGGACCCUUUGGAGCGGCAGUUCGAGCGCUUCAACCAGGCCAACACCAUCCUCAAGUCCCGGGACCUGGGCUCCAUCAUCUGUGACAUAAAGUUCUCAGAGCUCACCUACCUCGACGCCUUCUGGCGCGAUUACAUCAACGGCUCCUUGCUGGAAGCCCUCAAGGGCGUCUUCAUCACGGACUCGCUCAAACAAGCCGUGGGCCACGAAGCCAUCAAACUGCUGGUCAAUGUGGACGAGGAGGAUUACGAGGUCGGGCGCCAGAAACUCCUGAGGAACUUGAUGCUGCAAACGGCUCCUUGAUGCAGCCUGGCCCUGGGGGGGCUUCUGUGUUCCUGAAGGGAGAAUGAUGCUGGAACCCCCUCGCCAUCGAUGGGGUUGGAGCUGUGGGGAGAGAGGCCCUGAUGUGUCCCCCUCCCCCCAUUCUUGUGUCCCUGUCCCCCCCCCCAACCCCCCAGUUUUGUUUCACUUCUUUUCUUUUCCUUGCCUCUUAUUUUCUAUCCAUUAAAAACAACAGGAAAAGGCAAAUUCCUGCCUGGGGCACCUCAGUGCUGGGGCCGGGCGAGGUCUGGGCUGGGUGGGCUCAGCCCUGCAGUGGGUUUGUCCCCCUCUGCCCUGUGUCACCAUCACGGGGGGGGUUUGGGGGCAGCCGCAUCCCCCCUGUUUCUCUUCAUCAUCACCCCCCAUCAUCAUCAUCAUCCUCUUCCUCCUCCCCAUUGCCUCAGUGGGUUUCUCAGGAGUAAAACCAUCCCCGCGGCGUCCCCCGGACCAUGUGCCUUCGUGUCCCCCUCCCCUGCAGGGCCGGGGGGCAGGACCAGCGCCGAGGGACCCCCCCUUUACCCCCCCCAGCUGCCAACAGGGACACAGUGGGGCAGGUUGGGGCACCCUGCCCUGCCUGUUGCUGGCAGCAGGCGGCUGAGCCCCUGCCUGCACUUGGGGGGCAGCUGCAGUGUGUGGUCCAUGGCCCCACAGGGGGGUGGUUUCCAGCUCCAUCCCGGUUUUGUGGUGUUUCUCCCCAUCCCCACCCGGUGAUGACCCCAUGGGAUAGGGGAGGGCAGCCCCCCCCGCCCCCAAAGGACUUGUGUGUGUGGGGCCCCCCCCAAAUCCUCUGCUUAUGGACAGAUCCGGCACAAUUUGGUGUAAUUUCUGUGACUUCUGUAUUUUUUAAACUCCACUCAAACAUCAUAAUCCCUGUGUAGCUUUUGGGUUUCUUGAAAUAAACAUUACUGCAGCA